AACGAUUGUCUGCCAGUAACAGCCGUACAUUUCCUGCCUGUACUCAAAGUCCCUACACAAGCAUGGCCGACCUCACUUGCCAUGUCACCACAUUCAAUGCCGGGCGUGAAGACAUUCACAUCGACUACUUCGCCUCCUCUCUCUACGCUACCUUCAAGUCCGGCGCGCUCCCUCCCGACCUCAUCGUGCUGGCACUGCAAGAGAUCGCACCCAUUGGCUUCAGCUUCUUGGGCGGUUCGUUGCUUGCACCAUACUUCAGUCGCUUUGCCGAAGCAGUAUACCGUGCGACCCAAUGGAAGUACGGCACCGACGCCGACUACGAGCACGUGCUCACGCGCAACGCCGGCAUGACGGCCAUUCUGGUCUUUGCGCGACGCGGCGUCAAGAGCAGCAUCCAGUGGAUCGAAGAGGCUGGUGUGGGAGUGGGCCUGUGGGAGAUGGGUAACAAAGGUGCUGUGGGUGUGAGACUGGGCUUGGACGAUGACACGGUGGUAACAUUUGUGGCUGCUCACCUGGCACCGAUGGAAGAGGCAUACGAGAGGAGGAACGAGGACUGGCGGAACAUCUGCAAGACGCUGGUUUUUGAGCCUAUCGACUCCACUGGACGGAAGGGAAUGCCGCCGCCGCCGCCGCAGUCUUCUACGGAAGAGCAAGAUCGCCUGCUCGCCAGUAGUAGCGAAACAACGAUGGAGCAGUCGUCAGGGCGCCACGACAUCCUCACGCCAGCAUCAUAUGUCUUCGUGGCAGGCGAUCUGAACUAUCGCACUGCAGACCAUCAGCCCGAUUCCAAGGAUUUCGAAACAUGGCCGCAGCCGAUGUCUACAGACGUGGACCCCAGUCACUACAGAAACCUCCUUAAGGCAGAUCAGUUGAGGCGCGAGCUCCAAGGAGGUCGCACACUGCAUGGCCUAGCAGAAGCGCCCAUUGACUUCCCACCCACCUACAAAUACAGCUCCAAAGCGAUGCAGCUCGCAAAAGAGAAUGCCCAGAAGCUGGAGGCUGCGAAGAGCAAAGACGAAGCAUUCCCAGGUCUGGAGCUGACUGACGCGCAGGAACAGGCAUGGCUCUGGGCAAAGCAUAGGAUGCCGUCUUGGUGUGAUCGCAUUCUCUUUCUGGCCGAAGCAGCACCCCAAGUGCAAUUAUACAAAGCGCUACCUAUCCAGCCUACGAGCGACCAUCGACCUGUAACUCUCAUCUCUUCAAUACCACGCGGGACUGUAUCCCCAUUGAAGGACUCCUCACGCUAUAAGAUUGACGACAACUGGCAGAGCAGACGCACUUGGGCCAGACGCCGUGAGCUGAUUGUUGGCCUUGGCGCAUACCUGACGCUCACUGGACAGGGCGAAGCAUUGCUUGCUGGGACUGUCGUAGGGCUGGUCGGAGGGUACUUUGUGCUAUUCGCAUUGCUUGGAGAUAUGUGACGAGAUGUCUGAUCGUUUUGCGAAACUGCCAGGCCCGCGCUACAACGAGCCUUUAAUGUUGAAUCCGUAUGUGUCCAUA